UAUUGGUGUCGACGGUGCGAACGAAGAAUGUAUUGCACGAAUAUAAAACCUCACUGCAGUGAUAAUUGAAUCAAAAGCGUUCAAUACUUCGACUAGUCCAAGUAUCGUGCGGAAGCUACGGUGCGGUCAGUUCGAGACAGUUGAAGUGGAAACUCACUAAAGGAAUAACAAGUGUGAAAAGGCUUUUAUCGAAAUUAAUAGUGAAUCGAUCGAAACCUACUAAUAACCACUUUAAUUUUAAAUUAAAAAUCCAACCACUUUGCCUACAAAUUUCGAAAGUUAACAAUUAUAAGAAACAAAAAAAGUAAAGUGAAAUUAAAAUAAAUAAACAAAAAAUACACUUAUGUAUAUGCUGACGCUCAUACCAUAUUCCCCUGAAAUAUCCAUUUAAAAAAAAAAAAAAAAAAAUAUGUGCCAAACUUCCGGUCCCGGUAUACAAAGUGAUCAAAUUCGGAAAUUCAUAGAACAUGGAAUGCCGGAGAAAAUUGUAAAGACUGUGCAGUAUACAAUUCGGAAACGGGAGGCUGCACAAAAUUCCCCUAACACCAACAUGGAUACACAUAAUAUAAGCGAUGUGAGUGCCUUAAAUCCAAUUCCUAUGGAACAGAUGAAACCUUUAAGUAUUCCCCGUCUGUGCGGGCGUUUUCGCAACCAAGCAACAGAGUCCGGUGCUUCAUUGAAGGAUAAAAUCACUAACAUCGGUGCUGCAGGUAGUGAAGAUAUUCAAGGCAGUAAACCUCAAGGCGAUAUGGACGCACUCGCCAUAACAACUGAAAUGACGAAACACUUCGUGCAACGCAUGUGUGGCAUUGUGGAAAAAAUGCAAAACAGCAAAUUAUAUACAUUGUUGACGAGAACAACGCAACCAGCACACAUUGUUGCCGUCUGCGUACUGACUUUUGUUACUUUCACAGUAUGGCCAGAUAUAGUCGACACCCGUAACGUCUCCAAUAACAGAGCCUCGGACCAAGUUUCACCCAUGGGCGAUCGCCGAAACGAACGACAUAAUACUUUGGCCACAAUCGCAUACUUGGGCGCAUUCGCAACCCAUUUUGGUGCCCAGAUAUGGAUGACAUUCAUCUCAGGUUUAUCAUUAUAUUUCUCGUUGCCACGACAUAUUUUUGGGCAAUGUCAACAGAUUCUAUUCCCACGUUAUUUUGCUAUGAGCUCAAUAUUGAGCAUAAGUAUGCUGAUACUCUUUGUGAAGUACUUCCUCACCUCAUGGAAUGCAACCGCAAUAACACAGCUGAUAGCACUGAGUGCCACUGUUUUAAUUGAGAUUAUUAUACGACUCUACCUCGCUCCGCCAAUGCUGCGACUGAUGCAUGAGAAAUAUCGGAUUGAAGGUGCUAUCGGUAGUGGACGGGAAGUGGGCUCACUUGAGCAAGGCAUUCUCAUUCAGUGUCCGCACUAUCAAAGAAUUCACAAAACUUUUCGUCGCAUCCAUAUGACGAUCGCCAUGGGCAAUAUGUCCGUAUUGUUAGCUACAUGCCUUCACUUGUAUUUUCUCGCAUCGAAAAUACAAAUUAGUUAAGGUACUAAAAUGGAUAGAUUUGAUAUUAUCCAAACCGAAAGUAGCAACCCAACAAAAAUCAUUUAUAAUCACAUUUUGAUUGAGUUGAAACAGCUUGUGGCAGCUACCAGACCACCGAUGUACUGGGUUAUGUAUGCGGAUGUGACAAUAUCCAACUAUAUACCAAAAAAUUUAUUGCAUUUGUAUAAUAUAAGAAUUUAUUAAAAUAAAAUAAGACGUAUUUUUGUUGGUAUUGUAUCGUACAUUCUUAUUAGUAAAACUCAUAUUACCAUUAUUAUAAAAUGUAUUCUAUAAGUUGCAUUAAAUUUAAGUAUGCGAAUAGCAAGAAUAAUUCAUAAUUAUAAACUGUGAUACCCCAUAACCCUACUCAUAUAAAUCAGUAUAUGCCCGAUAGACAAUACCCAUCCAAGCAUACAUACACGCAUAUACAGAUCAGGUCCAGUCCAUUUAACCAUGAAACCAAAUUAGGAAUAUUAUUGUUAUGUUAACGAUUGAAUGAAUAGCUACUAAUAUGUAUUAUCUAGGAUGAGUACGUAUAGUAAUGUAAGGCAUACACAUUCAUACACAUGUUAGUUAUUCAUAUUAGCACAAUUGAUGUACGUAAAUACUUGCAGGCACGUUCGAUGAGUUUAGUAAAUUUUGAAUAGUCUAUCAAAUUGAAAUAACGACCAAUAUGAAUUCUAAAGGUAUAACAAGUACAAUUAUACUAUUAUAAGAAAUCUGCAUGUUUUUACAUUUUAUUAUAAUCUCAUGAAAAUGUGUAUAAUGAUUUUAAACCGAUUAACAUUCGAGAUAAACAUCUCAUGGAAUUAAAAUAAAGACGAGAUUAAAUAAUA